UACUUUGCAAGUCACUUCUUUAUGGGAGGCGAGAAGUUUGACACCCCUCACCCUGAGGGCUACCUUUUUGGCGAGAACAUGGAUCUAAACUUCCUCGGGAAUAGACCUGUUCAGUUUCCCUAUGUAACUCCAGCUCCACAUGAGCCAGUGAAGACGCUGAGAAGUUUGGUGAAUAUCCGCAAAGACUCUCUUCGACUUGUGAGGUAUAAAGAUGAUGUUGACAGUCCUACUGAGGAGAAUGGGAAGCAGAAAGUCCUGUACAGCCUGGAGUUCACAUUUGAUGCGGAUGCCCGUGUUGCCAUCACAAUCUACUGCCAGGCUACGGAAGAGUUUGUUGGUGGCAUGGCAGUAUACAGCACAAAGAAUCCCUCUCUGCAGUCGGAGACGGUUCAUUACAAGAGAGGGGUAAGCCAGCAAUUCUCCCUGCCUUCCUUCAAGAUUGAUUUCUCAGACUGGAAGGAUGAUGAGCUGAACUUCGACUUGGAUCGUGGCGUGUUCCCUGUGGUCAUCCGAGCGGUGGUGGAUGAAGGGGACGUGGUGGUUGAGGUGACGGGUCAUGCCCAUGUUCUUCUGGCUGCAUUUGAAAAGCACGUUGAUGGCAGUUUUUCCGUGAAGCCGUUAAAACAGAAGCAGAUCGUUGACCGGGUGAGCUAUCUGCUUCAGGAGAUCUACGGCAUCGAGAACAAAAACAACCAGGAGACCAAGCCUUCAGAUGAUGAGAACAGCGACAACAGCAACGAGUGUGUAGUUUGCCUGUCGGACCUCCGCGACACCCUCAUUCUGCCCUGCAGACACCUCUGUCUGUGCAAUUCCUGCGCUGAUACCCUGCGCUACCAGGCCAACAACUGCCCCAUCUGCAGGCUGCCCUUCCGUGCCCUGCUGCAGAUCCGGGCUGUGAGGAAGAAGCCGGGGGCUCUGUCGCCAGUGUCAUUCAGCCCUGUCUUGGCACAGAGUGUUGACCAUGAUGAGCACUCUAGCUCUGACAACAUCCCUCCGGGCUACGAGCCCAUUUCCUUGCUGGAAGCGCUGAAUGGCCUUCGCUCUGUUUCCCCCUCCAUCCCGUCAGCUCCUCUGUAUGACGAAAUCAACUACUCUGGCGUGGUGGAUGGGAUGCCGCCUGCGAGCCGACCGCUUGUUGGGAUGGACAGAGCCGUGGAGAGCAGCCACCAAAAGGGCAAGCGGAGCAAGUCUCCAGAUAGCACACUACGGUCUCCCUCGUCCCCAAUCCAUGAGGAGGAUGAAGAGAAGCUCUCCGAGGACUCUGACUCACAGCCAGCACUGAGCGGGGGUGAGCUGGUCCUGAGAGAGACCAGCUCUCCAGAAAGCGUGGCAGGGGAAGAGAUCGAGGAGACCUCGUCCCUGCAGCAGGGUAGCCGCCCGCCCUCCGUCGAAGACGUCCUGCAGGACAGCAGCUGCGGCGAGCACAGAAGCCUGACGCAGUCGGAGAGCAACCCUCCGGUAGACGUCUAUCUGCCAGCACUGGGUCCCGAUUCCUGCUCUAUUGGUAUAGAGGAGUAAGCUGGCUCAUCCGACUUCACCAAGACGCUCCCCGGCCGCGGCACCGGCAGCCCCACGCAGCCCCUUCUCUUCGAGCAGACUGAGCGAGGCCUCCCUGCCCCUG